CUCUCGUCCCGCCAUCCCGUAGGAUGAAUGUUGAACUGCGCGAUUUCGAGAUUAGUGAUUCCGAAACAGAGCUGCUCAUUGAACCAGCCGCAACGCGUGCCAAUCGACUAAACGGCCGUUCGUUUCGCAAUCGUCGCCAAGAAUCGUUCAAGCUGGGUUCCUUCCUGAAGAAGCUGUGCUGCUGCUGGUGCUGGGCAUGGCGAAAAUGGUGCGCUUCGAAGGAACUGAAACCCCGCACGAUCUAUAUCGGGCGGCCACUAACGGAAAAGUUCCCACCGAACGAGAUCCGGAACCAGAAGUACAACAUCUUCACCUUCCUACCGCUCGUGCUGUUCGAGCAGUUCCGGUUCUUUCUCAACCUGUACUUUCUCAUCAUGGCGGUCAGUCAGUUCAUACCGGAAAUUCGUAUCGGAUACCUGUACACCUACUGGGGCCCACUUGGCUUCGUGCUGGCAGUAACGAUCUGUCGCGAAGCGGUUGAUGAUCUUCGACGGCACAAGCGUGAUCGGGAGGUGAACUCACAGAAGUACAAACGGUUCGUGAGUGCGGAUAAGCCACCGGAAUCCGUUUCCUCAUCCAAGCUGAAAGUCGGGGACAUUAUAAUGGUGGAGAAGGAUGAGCGUGUACCGGCCGAUUUGAUACUGUUGCGAACGAGCGAUAAAAGUGGAGCCGUUUUUGUGCGUACGGACAUGCUGGAUGGUGAGACGGAUUGGAAGUUGCGGCUUGCGGUUCCGGCAACGCAGAAGCUUGCCUCCCAUGGUGAUUUACUGACGGUGAAUGCCUCGCUUUACGUAGAGAAACCGCAAAGAGAUAUCCAUACGUUUAUCGGUACUUACUCGAAGCUCGGUGGUACAGAAGAUGAGGGACUAAACGUUGAAAACACUCUCUGGGCAAACACGGUCGUUGCAUCCGGCACGGCGGUCGGUAUCGUCAUCUACACGGGCAGCGAAACACGCAGCGUUAUGAACAACUCUCAACCCCGCUCAAAAGUCGGUCUGCUCGAUCUGGAAAUUAACAAUCUCACCAAGGUUCUCUUCUGUGCCGUUAUCGGACUAUCCUUCGCUAUGAUGUGCCUGAAAGGCUUUAACGGUCCAUGGUAUCGGUACAUGUUCCGAUUUGUGCUGCUGUUUUCCUACAUUAUUCCGAUCAGUCUGCGCGUCAAUCUGGACAUGGGCAAAGCGUUCUAUUCGUGGCAGAUUCAAAAUGACGAUGAAAUCAAGGGAACAGUUGUGCGUUCUACUACGAUUCCGGAGGAAUUGGGACGCAUGUCGUACCUGCUGACGGAUAAAACUGGAACCCUAACACAGAACGAGAUGAUAUUUAAAAAGAUUCACGUCGGAACGGCCGCUUACGGACGGGAUACGUUUCCGAUGGUGUCGGCCGCUAUACAAUCCGUGUACGGGACACUUUCCGCACCGGUCGAUGCAUCACCAGACGAUCAUGGUUCCGAAUAUCAACCACGUUUACGAAAACCGGACGGAUGGCGUAUCUGGGAAUCGGUAAAAGCGCUCGCUCUCUGUCACAACGUAACACCGGUUUACGAAAGUAGCAGUGGAAAUGGUGCAAGUAGCUCUCUUUCUUCCACUUCCGGUACGGAACGUCGCCAAUCACCUUCGCGUUCGAUUUCGGUCGAAAGUCAGGCCGGGGAACCUUCCACCGGAAAGCCGGAAACUACAACGGAGAAAACCUACCAAGCAUCCAGUCCGGAUGAGAUUGCGCUGGUAAAGUGGACGGAAUCGGUUGGUCUAACGCUUGUGCAGCGUGAUCUGAACCACAUGACGCUCCAGAUUCGUGACGCAACACGGGAAAAUGGUCGCGGAACGAGCAUGAACGAGAACGCUUCCAUCAACACAACCGUGACGAACCUUUCGGUUAACUCGAAAACUGAUCUUAACUCACCGUCGAGCGGUGGCAGUGUGACGUCCCUGAACUCAAUCAUCGCUGCCGGAGCACCGGGGCUGAUGAAGUACCAAAUAUUGCAAACGUUUCCCUUCACGAGCGAAAACAAACGGAUGGGAAUUAUAGUGCGUGAGCUUAAUGGAGGCGAAAUCACGUUCUAUCUGAAGGGAGCCGACGUUGUAAUGUCGGGCAUUGUACAGUACAACGACUGGCUGGCGGAAGAGAGCGGUAAUAUGGCACGGGAAGGUCUGCGAACGCUUGUCGUAGCGAAGAAAGUUCUUUCCGAGGAGCAUUACAACGAUUUCGUGAUGCGUUACAAUGCCGCUAAAGUAAGCGUUACGGAUCGCGUUACGAAAGUGGCGGCCGUUAUCGAGAGUCUCGAACGUGAGAUGGAGUUGCUGUGUUUGACUGGGGUUGAAGAUCGACUGCAGGAUCGCGUACGGCCAACGCUUGAGCUGUUGCGGAAUGCUGGCAUUAAGAUUUGGAUGCUUACCGGGGAUAAGCUCGAAACGGCGACGUGUAUUGCGAAGUCUUCGCAUCUGGUUGGACGAAACCAGAGCAUACACGUGCUGAAGAGUGUGCUAACUCGCACGGACGCGCAUCUGGAGCUGAAUCAGUUCCGGCGCAAACAGGACUGUGCGUUGGUUGUGUCGGGUGAAAGCCUUGAGGUGUGCCUGCAGUACUAUCAACCCGAGUUUAUGGAGCUUGCCACGGCCUGUCCGGCGGUCGUUUGCUGUCGUUGCAGUCCAACGCAAAAGGCGCAAGUUGUGUCGCUUAUUCAGAAGUAUUCGAAAAAGCGAACGUGUGCCGUUGGUGAUGGUGGAAAUGAUGUGAGCAUGAUACAGCAGGCGGACGCUGGCAUUGGGAUAGAAGGGCGCGAAGGAAAGCAAGCAUCACUGGCGGGAGAUUUUAGUAUACCACAAUUUUCUCACAUUGCACGAUUGCUGAUUGUGCACGGAAGACGGUCGUACAAGCGUUCAGCUGCCCUGUCACAGUUUGUCAUCCAUCGUGGGCUGAUCAUAUCGACGAUGCAAGCAGUAUUUUCGGCCGUUUUCUACCUUUCAUCGGUGGCACUCUAUCAGGGCUUUCUGAUGGUUGGGUACGCUACACUUUACACCAUGUUUCCGGUGUUUUCGCUUGUGCUGGAUCAGGACAUUAGUGCGAACAUAGCGAUAACGUAUCCGGAGCUGUAUAAGGAGCUGUCGAAAGGUCGCAGUUUGAGCUACAAAACGUUCUUCAUGUGGGUGUUGAUCAGUAUCUAUCAAGGCGGUGUGAUCAUGUACGGUGCGCUGAUUCUGUUUGAGGACGAAUUUAUUCAUAUCGUAGCGAUCAGCUUUUCGGCCCUCAUCCUAACGGAGCUGAUAAUGGUGGCGCUAACCAUUCGUACGUGGCACAAACUGAUGGUUAUAGCGGAACUAUUCAGUUUAGUGCUUUACAUCGUUUCUCUUGCCGUACUGCACGAAUACUUUGACUGGGAGUUUAUCUGGUCGUGGGAUUUCCUGUGGAAAGUACUGGUCAUCACCCUGGUCUCCUGUCUUCCGCUGUACAUUCUAAAAUUCCUGCGCAAAAAGUUCUCACCACCAUCGUACUCGAAGCUCUCGUAAUCAGCUCGGCAUACGGUU